AUGUAUAAAGACCACACAGAAGAUAUAAAAUUUUUUGUUGUGGAAUCUGAAGUUGAAUCUGUUCUUAGUGGAAACACUUGUGUCAAACUUGGUUUGCUGAAGAGAGUUUACCAAGUUGUAAGUCAAGAAGCAUCAUUAAAGAAAGUUAAAUUGGAUGACUACCCUGAGCUGUUCAAAGGAUUAGGAUGCUUACCUGGUGAUUAUCAUAUCGAACUAAACGAAGGUGCUACCCCUGUUGUCCAUGCUCCAAGAAAAGUACCAAUUCCACAGAGAGAAAAAGUUAUCGAAGAGCUGAAAAGAAUGGAAAGACUUGGUGUGAUCGUGCGACAGGAAGAAGCGACAGAUUGGGUCAACUCGAUGGUCGUGGUUCAAAAGCCUAAUGGUGCAGUGAGACUGUGUAUUGAUCCGAGGGAUUUGAAUGCCGCCAUGAAAAGAUCCCACCAUCCGAUGAAGACUGUGGAUGAAGUCGCCAGUCGUCUCGAAGGUGCUGAUACCUUUAGCAUAUUGGAUGCAAAGAAUGGUUUCUGGCAACUGAAACUGAAACUGUCCUCUGCACCUUCAACACACCGAUAG